UAACUCCUCUGCGUGAGUCGCGGAGGAAGUUAAUACAAUCUACUUGUUUUUGUUGCCACGUUCACGUUGCUCAUUACAUUUCAAAUUUAUUGAAUAAUAGAAAGGUUUGAAAUCAUGUCGAAGGUGUCUAUGGGUAAAGUACUGCUCCGAAAUGUCAUCAGACACACAGACGCCCAUAACAAGAUUCAAGAGGAGUCUGAAAUGUGGAAAUUAAGGGAUCUUGAGCGACAUGCCUCGUCUGCUCAUUUACCAAAGCAGAGGGGCCGCAUGCACUGUGACCGUUACUUGGAUGACUCCGAGGGGUCCAUGCGAGAGCGGCUUGGAGACAAGAGAGAUGAGAUGUCUGAGAGAGACGAGAGGGAGGCUCGAUACUGGACCCGAAAACUGUAUGAGUUUGAAGCCAAUGAUCCUGACAGGUGGGGCCACAGUGGCUUUAAGGAGCUCUAUCCAGAGGAAUUUUAUCCUGAUGGGGGAAAAGACCGCAGCAGUAGUAAACACAAAAAGAAAAAACACAAGAACAAACUAGAAGCUGACAUAGAAAAAUCUUCCAAGAAGUUGUCUAAGAAGAAGAAAAAGAAAAAGGAGAAGAAAAGAAGGAAGACUGCUGCCUCAGGCUCUGAGACCUGCAGCGAUGCAGAGGACACCGUCAGGAGGAAACAGAGGAAGAGAGGUAAGAGUAAGCGGAGGAAAAAGGAGCACAAAAACAAAGACAGAACCGAGGACAGCGACACAGACGACAGCCAUUCAGACACAAGGACAAGAACGCACAGGAAGAGAGACUGCCCUGAAAAAGACACGCUGACCGAACCUCUGAGGAAAAAGCGGAAAAACUGGAAAGUGGCGAAUGAGGAGAGAUCAGAGGAGAGCUCUGAUGCUUGACUUUUUGAUAUUACCUGUCUGCUUGACCAUGCUAACUCUAGACACAUUGUUUUAACUGUGCAUAUCAUUCAUAUCUGGGAGACUCUGAUCUUGGGUUUAGAGUCAUUAACUUGAUCUUUAUACCUCAAAAAAAAAAAAAAACAGACACUUGAUGGCUUUUUUCACCAUGUUUGCAUCCAGGAGAAUUAGUCAAAUUUUUAUGAGGUUGUAUGUUU